AUGGUGGGAAAUGAUGGCUGCCGAAAAUGGUUACCGAUCGACAAUCCUAGUUGGAUCAUAUACAAAAAUAAAUCCCAUGGCUAUCUGCCAUGUGGUCAUUUUUUACAGUAUGGUGUAAGUGUAACAGUUAUCAGCAAAGGUGUCGAGAUGGAACUGGUAAAAAUUCUAUCUAUCUAUACCUUGAUUGACUUCUCAAGCAACAACUUCAGUGGACCAGUACCUAAGGAAAUAGGAGAAUUCAAAUCACUACUUGUCCUUAACUUGUCCCGAAAUGCUUUCACGGGCGAAAUCCCAUCAUCAUUUAGUAACAUGAGCGUACUUGAGUCCUUGGACCUGUCACAGAACAAGCUGAGCGGGCACAUUCCACCGAAGUUGGCAGAGCUUACCUUCCUUUCAUUCUUGGAUCUCUCAUAUAAUCAACUGGCGGCAAGAUCCCAACUAGUACUCAGUUUUCAACAUUUCCACCCAUCCUCCUUUACAGGUAACAAAGGACUAUGGGGGUUUCCUUUGACGGUGGAUAAUAAAGCAGGAUUUCCACCGCCACCAACAGUGAAUGGAAGGGCUCCAAAUUCUGGACAUAAUCAUGAGGUUAAUUGGGAUCUUAUUGUUGUUGAAAUUGGAUUUACAUUUGGCUUUGGAGUUGCCGUUGGGUCACUUGUGUUGUGCAAGAGAUGGAGUAAGUGGUAUUACAGAGCUAUGUACAACAUCCUUCUCAAGAUAUUCCCUCAGCUGGAGGAAAGAAUUGGGAUUCAUCGAAGACAUGUUCACAUAAAUCAAAGGUGGCGGAGACUUUGA